AUGUUAUCAUAUAAUAGAUUUCAUUCAAAACAAGUUAUUCAAGCAAUAGCAAGUGGACAUGAACUUGAAACACAUGCUUUAGCAGCAUUAGAACCAGUUGUAUAUGAUUUAUUUCCUGUUGAAACCUUACUUGAACUUGUUCGAUAUAAUAAAGAUCAAUCACUUCUGGAUAUUUAUUCAACACAAUUAAUACUAUUUGAUGUUGGAUCAUCAUUUAAAUUACGACCUAUUGAUCCAUUUAUUGUUGCUUUUCGAGCAUCAACAAAUAGAAAUGUUAGUUUGUUUUUAUUUAUGAAAUUUUCCUGUUGUUUACGAGAUGAAAUUUUUAGUGAGUAAGUAUUCACAAUGAUUUUAUUUAUAACUUUAAAAACUACGAUUCUUACUUUUGUUUUUAGAGCUCCUCUUCGAA